AUGCGCGAUUUGGGCUCCCCAACUAUACCCUACCUCCCUGAUGAUAAUGCUGACCGCGGCAUCUUGAUCGACGGAGACGGCCCUGACCUCGCGAUUGAUGUUGAGGAAUCCACAAGAUUUUCCAUGGUGGCUUCUCUAACUACUGUUUGGCUUGCUGAAGAUAUGAGAAAUCAACAAAACUGUGCAAUCAAGAUUAUGGUCUCUGGUCCAUAUGGAGAACAUGACUAUCAGAUGCAAACUACUAUCCAUGAGACUGUGACUGAUACCUCUCAUCUAGUUUUAUAUAAGGAUGUCUUUCUACUCCGUGGCCCACAGUAUAGCCACUAUACUUUUGUCUUCCGAUUUCUUGGUCCCAAUGUUGAAUCUCUCGUGGCUAAAUACUUUAGAGAGCUUACACGAGGCUGGCUUUGUCCACAGAGUUCUCUCCCUGAAAAUCUCAGCAUAGCUGAUAAAUACAAGAUUCUUGGCCGGCCUGAACGAAUGAUGAUUGAUAGUUGGAAACAGGCAGAACUUGUGAAGCCCAUGCAAAUUCCUAUCAUACUGUGUUCAACUAUGAUUUAUCUCGCGGGCUUUGGGAUAACAACACAAGUUGGUAUUCCAAAAGAUGGACUCCACCUUUGGAUAUUGCUCUCCAGAGCGGCUUCAUGCGUCGUUGCCUAUAUGGGCCCGUUACCAAAGGAUCUAAAGGGGAAAUACCUCUGGCCCGGGUCUAGCAAAGAUGAGUGGUAUGAUCCAAAUACCCCUGUGGCUGAAGAUCUUGACGACCGAAUCAAACAUCAACGACCACAAAUUGAUACAGUUGAGAGGAAACUCUUAGUAUCUGUUUUGACCAGAGGUUUCUCCCUUAUUCCUGAGAACCGCCUAACUGCAAGCCAACUCCGAGAUCCAGAUUUCAAUACCCCUUAUCAACUUUCCACUGCAGCUAAAAAUUUUAGAUAG